AUGGCCUGCUGGUGUCUGGUCCUCCUUCUGACAGGGGUCCUCCUGGCAGGUUCCCAGCCAGCCCUGGCCCAGCCGGAGUCAUUGCUGGUCUUCCCAGGCCAAGUGGCCCAACUCUCCUGCACGAUCAGCCCCCGCCACCCCAUUGGGGACUAUGGUGUGUCUUGGUAUCAGCAGCGGGCAGGCAGUGCCCCUCGCUACCUCCUCUACUACCGCUCAGAGGAAGACCACCACCGGCCCUCUGACAUCCCUGACCGCUUCUCGGCAGCCGCAGACACAGCUCACAACACCUGCAUCUUGACCAUCAGCCCCGUGCAGCCCGAGGACGACGCAGAUUAUUAUUGCUCCGUGGGCUACACAUCCUAGGGGUGGGGUGUGGGAUGAGUGCCUUCUGUCUGCCUCUCACUUCUGCCCCUGACCUUGGACCCUCUCUAACUUUCUCUCAGCCUUGAUUUUCCUCCUCUGUAAAAUGGGUUAAUAACAUUCAACAU